AGUUUCGUUCCCCAUCCUCAUAACCUCAAUAAGGAAAUGAGAACCCAACAGAGCUGUGAAACUUUUCUGGGAGCCAAGAAGCAAGCUGAUGACCCAGAUUCAUUACAAUAUUAACAUUUAGGGUUUCCAGCCAGCAGCAGGACCAUCUGUCCAUAAUGUCUUUCUCAAAGGUUGUCACUUCCCUGCUCUUCACAUUCAUUUGAGCCAAAGCACAAGAGUGAAGCUGGAGGGAAUUAUUAAUCAGAGAGUUCCUGACUUCUCUGUUAAUCUCACUCUCUUCCUUCUGAGUGGAUGUGAAUCAUUCCAGAGCAAAAUCAAUGAAUCAAUCCAUUUCAAUUUCUUGGACAUCCCACCUCAACCCAUAAGCUUAGAUAUUAGCGAAUUGUACAACUGGUGAGUUUUAAAAGCUCAUUAAUCAACCUUUUUCUUUAGGUGGGAAAUGCCAAUCAAGAGGUUGGACCAAAAACUUAAAAUAACUCUUCUACGCUGAAAGCCAUUUGCCCUGCUCUUCUCUCAUCCUCUCCAGUCAUCCUUGCUUUUUCUCUCAUCUCUGAUGUCUCACUACAGACAUCCAUCUUUGCUUCCUUUUCUCCUCUCUUUCCUUACUGUGUCGCAAGGCCACACUAUUAUAUACAAAGAAACAAAAUACAUAGCAGCAAGUACCAACUGUAACUUUAUUUACAUGCUUACAGCCUCAUGGACUUCCUUUCAUUGUAAAGAACUUGGAGAGUAGACUCACACAGCAUCAAGAUAUGUCACAUACAACUAGCCAUUUAAUCACAAUUGUGUUCCAUUCUCUCUACUACAAAUGGGUACAAAGAAUUUUCUCAUUCCCUUUCUGCAUACUCCCCACUCUACGUAUAAGUUUAUGUACUGGCACGAUAAGAAUGAGUCAGUGGAUUCUGGAGGUUAAAGUGGCAGAGCAUCUAACAAAACAAGUGUCUUUUCCCACACAUGUUGCUUCCAGUAAACCCUUAAUCUUUGGCAAAAGUGUUCCAGGUACAAACUCCUAGGAGCAAGCUUUUUCUGUAAAAGCCCAGAGAAUAAAUAUUUUAGGCUUUUCAGGACAAAUGCAACUACUUAACUCUGCCAUCAUAGCACCAAAGCAGCUACAGACAACACAUAAGUAAAUGAGCAUGGCUGUGUUCCAAUAAAACUGUAUUUACUAAAUAGGCCAUCUCUUGCCAUAAAGCAUACUUCUCCCUAUCUGUCAUCUCCCCCACAUAAAGAAACUUCUCCAUCAUUGCCCUUCAUUUUUUACAAGCUCUUUCUCUAGGUUUUCCUCACUUCCUUCUCACUUCCAUGCUAACUCUUCUCUUGUCCAUUCUCUAGGUAAGAUCUCCAGAGGAUGGAAAGAGUCAACAGCACAUCGUUGACUGAGUUCAUUCUCACAGGAAUUCCCUACCCACUCAGACUAAGGACAUUUCUGUUUGUGUUCUUUUUGCUAAUCUACAUCCUGACUCAGCUGGGAAACCUGCUCAUUCUAGUCACUGUCUGGGUAGACCCGCAGCUCCAUGCCCGUCCCAUGUACAUCUUUCUUGGUGUUCUCUCCGUCAUUGACAUGGGCAUCUCUACCAUCAUUGUCCCCCGCCUCAUGAUGAACUUCACUCUAGGCAUCAAACCCAUCCCCUUUGGCGGCUGUGUUGCUCAACUCUAUUUCUAUCACUUUUUGGGUAGCACCCAGUGCUUCCUCUAUACCUUGAUGGCCUACGAUAGGUACUUGGCAAUAUGCCAACCCCUGCGCUACCAUAUUCUCAUGAAUGCUAAGUUGAGUACCUUGCUUGUGACUGGAGCUUGGGUGGCAGGAUCCACCCAUGGGGCCCUCCAGGCUAUCCUAACCUUCCGUCUGCCCUACUGUGGGCCAAACCAGGUAGAUUACUUCUUCUGUGACAUCCCUGCAGUUUUGAGGCUAGCCUGUACUGAUACAACAGUCAACGAGCAGGUGACCUUUGUGGACAUUGGGGUGGUGGUUGCCACUUGUUUCUCCCUGAUCCUCCUCUCCUAUGUACAGAUCACUCAGGCCAUCCUGAGAAUCCGCACAACUGAUGGGCGGCGCCGAGCCUUUUCAACCUGUGGGGCCCACGUAACCGUGGUAACCGUGUACUAUGUGCCCUGUGCCUUCAUCUACCUGAGGCCUGAAACCAACAGCCCCCUGGAUGGGGCAGCUGCCUUAUUUCCCACAGCUAUCACUCCUUUCCUCAACCCCCUCAUCUACACUCUGCGGAACCAAGAGGUAAAGCUGGCCCUGAAGAGAAUGAUAGGAGGCCCUGGGACUAAGAGUGAGGUUUGAAAGUGUCUGUCCCCCACUGGUGAAACCUUCACAGUUUAUCCUAAUGCUUACAUUUCAGUGAAGUUUUCUUUAUUAUUAUUUUUCUCUUUUAUGUAGCCAUAUAAUAUCAAUACAAUAAGAGCAAACACAGUUUCAAGUAAAAUACCACUUUCUAGCAGUUCCUUGGUAUCCCCUUCAGACAAACAACCUCAGCUACUCCAACAGUAGAAAGUGAGGCUAAAGUCACUCAAAAACUGGCACGCUUCCACAUCCAGAGAACUGACAGAACAAAAGCACCUAAUGGGCUUUUCAGCCUCUAGGCUUACAUUGGCCAAGCUUAAGAAGGACUAUAGUUCUUUUGAUGGAAGAAUGUUCCUCUGUUCUGUUCCAAUUGGAUAUUAACUUCAACAGCUAAUGCUAGAAGAGAAACUAUAGAUGCCGUGCUACAUGCAUGUUAACAGGCCUGGCUCUGGGGACUUCCUGAGGUCAUCAUAGGAUGUGGGGAGGAACUAAAGUGCUUCCUCUCCCUUGCCUGCUGAAGAAAUAACACUCCUCUUAAACUGGUGUUUUCACAAACCAAACCAAAUUAAACAAUACCUCCCCAGCAAAAAGGCAAUGAAGUCUUUUCAAAUGUCUCAAUAAUAAAUUCCCCCACGCCAAAAAGUAAAGCUCAAUAUGAAAUUUCCCAUUGAAAGAAAAUAGGGCAGGCACCUGGCUGCCUCAGUUGGUAGAGCUCAUGGCUCUUGAUCUCAGGGGUUGUGAGUUUGAGCCCCCAUUGGGUGUAGCUAUGGCUUAAAUAAAUAAAAUAAUAGGACAAUUAACCAGGGAACCGAAGUACUUUUCCCAAAUGAGUAUUUCAUAUCCAUUUAGAUUUGUGAGCUUGACAAGCUUUCAUUAAGUUGCCUGGGGCCUAAUCAAUGUGGGCAAACUUGGUGCGGUAUCUGUUGUUUCAAUCCCUUCACACCUCCAAUCUUAUUCUGUUGUGAUUCUGCCUCAUUCUCCAGCUUGUCAUAGUGGAUGGUUGCUUAUCCAUGUGAUGAAUGAUAUCGUGUUAUCUAUAAAACAAAGUCUCUUGGGCAUAGCCGAGAGUCAGAAGUUUGGGCAUGUAAAUGUUCAUUUCCAAAGGAAAUUAGGUUCACCUAAUUGAUAUAGGAGACAAAAAAACUAACCAUUCUCCUUUGGAUGAAGCUGACUGACACACACAAUUUUUCAGCAUUUUGUUCACAAAACAAACAAUAUACUGGAUAUCAACUCCCUUACACUAAAACAUUACUUCUGAAAUCUUAGUCUUUCAAAAUAUUUAAUAAAUAAAGUGACUAAACUGUGAAUCACAAAAAUAAACUUAGAGCUACAGCCAAUAAGCCAAAAAUACUUCCAAAGGCUAUUAUACAUCUUGCUCCUAUUUUCCCAGGUGCCUAGCACAAUGGUUAUCAUACCUGUUGUUUUAACAAUUAAUCAAAUAACAUUAAUAAAUGAGAAUAAUAAAAAAUUAUUUUUUUAAAUCAAAUAACAUUAAAAUGAUCUGUAAGUGUAUAAUAAAAAUACAGAUCAAAAUGGAGUAAUUCUGGGGCAA